AUGGACAAGGAGGCAAGCCAACUCGAGAGGGACCACAUUCACAGCGUAUAUGAGAAAAUUGCUCCUUGCUUCAAUGACGCGUGCUACAAGGCAUGGCCAAAGGUGCAGCAGUUCAUUUCAGAGCAGGAACCAGGCAGCCUGAUUGCUGAUAUUGGCUGUGGAAACGGCAAAUACCUUCACAUCAGUUCUCAAGUCUAUAAACUGGGUUGCGACUACUGUUUCCCGUCGGUGGAAUCAGCAUGAAAUGAAGGCCAUGAAGUAACAGUAUGCCAUAGCUUGUGUCCGCCUUAUCGAAGUGAGUGCUCCGAUGCUGUCCUGUCCAUCGCUGUGAUUCACCAUUUUUCAACGGAAGAGAGGUGCAUGCGGGCAAUAAAAGAGACGGCUCGUAUCUUAAGAGUAGGAGGCCAGAUAAUGAUAUAUGUGUGGGCAAUGGAGCAAAACCGGAGAAGAUUUGAAAAGCAAGAUGUCUUUGUUCCUUGGAAUCCUUCACCUCCUUCCUGCUCCUCGGGUGAGCCUUGCCCACGUGGAGUACAAAAAUCAAUCCUUCGCAAGGACAAAGAGCUGGCUUUGAACCAGCCCUGUCGUAAGUUGGACGGGACUUCAGAGAAAGAAUUAGCUGUCAGACAACAACUUAAAAUAGACCAUCACCCAAAACAAGGAGCUUUCUGCCAACCUCAGAACAAAAGGAGACCAGGCUCUUCUCCGCAGAGAGCAGUCAGUGAGUGCACCCCGACCACCCAGAGCCGGCAGCAGACCUGGCUGAGGUACUACCACGUUUUUAAAGAAGGGGAGCUGGCUGAGCUGAUAAACUGUCACAUUCCUGAGCUAUAUAUUACUCAAUCAUACUUUGACCAUGCCAAUUGGUGCGUGAUUGCAGAAAAGACUGAAAUGUGGAAGAUCUAGGGGAAAUUUCCUUACUGAAAUGCACCAAGAAUAGUUCUGGGCUUUCUUCCUUUUGAAAGCUCAGCACCUUUGAAAAUCUUUCCUGAAGCUUUUUAUAGCCUCAGGUUUGUUUUAGGGGAGAGGGGGACAUAUGAGGACGAGACUGCUUUGAAAAUCUCAGGUUCUGUGACUUUGUUUUCUUUGAUUUUGUUCUUAAAAUACAUCUCUAUUGAUUUUUUUUUCUAGAGUUAUUAUUUCAGACCGAGCGCAUUUUAGCACACUGACCCCUUUCC